AUGCAAGCACCAGUGACUUGCCAGGUUUUAUCACUCUCAGAGGAAGGGCGAGGUGUGGCUUCCAUCGCGAACAUGCUGACCAUAACCAGGAUUCACAACAGUGUCUCUGCAGCAGCUGCGAUGAGAAGAGUCCACCAGUUGGCGCGUGACUACGCCACUCGCCGAACUGCUUUUGGAAAGCUUCUUAAAGACCACCCACUGCACAUGCAGACUCUCGCAAGGAUGGAGGUGGAGACUCGUGGAGCUUUUCUUCUGGUGAUGGAACUGUGUCGCCUGUUGGGUCGAGAAGAGAGCGGCCUGGCCAGCCAGCUGGAUGCACACCUCCUCCGUCUGCUCACCCCCGUGGUCAAACUGUACACCGGGAAGCAGGCAGUAGCUGUUGUAUCAGAGGGUUUAGAAAGCUUCGGCGGGCAGGGCUACAUCGAGGAUACUGGGCUUCCUGGAAUGCUUCGUGAUGCACAGGUGUUGAGUAUAUGGGAAGGGACAACAAACGUUCUAUCUUUGGACGUUCUGCGCUGUGUGGCUCGUAGCUCAGGAAUGGUUCUGCACGCAUACUUUACCCACGUCAAGUCGCUGCUUGCAGGUGCCUCUAGUGUUUCUUCUCUAGCCCCAGCUGUGAAAUCAGUCGAUGGCGCUCUGUCCGAACUGGAGGAGUUUAUUCAGGUCGCUGCUUCUAGAGGAUCAAACUACCUGGAACUAGCAGCUAGAGACCUGGCAUACACCCUGGCUCGCAUCUACGCAGGCGCCCUUCUCAUAGACCAUGCAUGUUGGAAAGAAGCCUCUCCACAUGACAUAUAUGCUGCUCUCAGGUGGUGUGAACAGGACUUGUGUCUCGUGGUAAAUAAACAAAAGAGCGGCUGCUAUGAAUCCAGCACGGCACCGCUCGACACUGGGCUGGUUUAUGAAUAGCUGAUUUAAAACUGAGUGAUCACUGAAUACCGAUCAAUUCAUGGCUUGAUCUUUAAAUGUUAGUGCUCGAAUGUACUAUAGUGACACACACCAUCUCUAAAUUUCUCUUUAUUUUGUUUGUGUUGAUUUCUGAGAAUAUGUUAUUAUUCAAAAGAAGUAGUCAGUACUAAAUAACAGGAAUGAUCUUUUGAUCGAUUUGCACUUUUGACUGCAAUAUCCAUCCAUCCAUUAUCUUUACCCGCUUAUUCCAUUUUGGAU